AUGCCUGUUACCCUGAGUGUGCCUGUUUGGAUGACCACUGCACCAACCACUACUGUAAAGAAGUUGAUGAAGGAGAUCCAAGAGGAUGAGGAGAGGAUGAAGAAGGUAAUAGUGAGAGAGAGUGUUGCAUCCACCACUGCCCACCAGCCUUAUGCUGAGACUACCUUCAAGACUGUGCCUAGUGCACAGAAUACUGGCAGUGGUGCAUGGUCAACUAUUGGGGCAAAUGGUAAACCAGCCACACCUGUGGCUGCUCCUGUUAUGCCAACAACUUGUAUCAUGUCAUGA